GCGGCCGGGGCGGGGCGGCCGCGGGGCCGGGGCGGCCGGGCCCGGCGCGGACAAAGGCGGCGGCGGCGCGGGGAGCCGCGGCGGGCGCGGGAGCGGGCGGCGGCACCGGGCCGCUCCGUGCGGGGGCCGAGCCGCAGCCUGACAUGAUGUUUCCACAAAGCCGGCACUCGGGCUCCUCUCACCUGCCGCAGCAGCUGAAGUUCACGACCUCCGACUCCUGCGACCGCAUCAAGGACGAGUUCCAGCUCCUGCAGGCCCAGUACCACAGCUUGAAGUUGGAAUGUGACAAACUAGCCAGUGAGAAAUCGGAGAUGCAGCGUCACUACGUCAUGUAUUACGAGAUGUCCUACGGGCUGAAUAUUGAAAUGCACAAACAGGCUGAAAUCGUCAAGAGGCUAAAUGGGAUUUGUGCACAGGUUCUGCCCUACCUUUCACAAGAGCAUCAGCAGCAAGUCCUGGGAGCCAUUGAACGAGCCAAGCAGGUUACAGCACCAGAACUGAACUCCAUCAUCCGUCAGCUUCAAGCUCACCAGCUGUCGCAGCUCCAAGCCCUCGCUCUGCCUCUGACUCCACUCCCCGUGGGCCUCCAGCCCCCAUCCCUCCCUGCUGUCAGUGCCGGCACCGGGCUCCUCUCGCUCUCAGCCUUGGGCUCGCAGGCUCACCUCUCCAAGGAGGACAAGAACGGCCACGACGGGGAUGCCCACCAAGAUGAUGACGGGGAGAAAUCGGAUUAGAGUGACUGGGAGGCCGGGGGUAGGGGACUGUUUGGGGGGUGGGGGGGGGCGGGUUAAUGCAAGAUGCAGUAUCUCUCUAGUUGCUGCGCAGCAGAAUCGCGGGGGCUUGUGUUUGGUGGCAGCUUGCCAGGCCUCUUCCCAUGGGCAGCAGUGCCUGGGGGAUGCCCCUACCACCAUCCCAGCGGAUGGGCUGCUCCGCAGCAAUGCAAGCGCCAUAGCAGUAACUGUGUGGCCGAUCGUGCUCUCCCUGUGCCCAGCCUGGCUUCCCCGUCCCCGGUCCUGCUCUGUCACAGAGCCGAGCCAGAGCCUGGCUUGGGCUGCUCUGGGGCUGCGUGCCCCCCCCGGCUGUCCCAGCUCCUCGGUGCCACGUGACUCCCCUCUGCCCGCCGCUCCCCCCUUGGUAUUUAAAGAUGCCCCUUGAUCCUAACGGUUUCUGCACAACUCCCUGCUGGGAUCCCUGCCCCGAAACCAUCUCCUCCCUCCCCAAGCGCUCUUGAUCUCGUUGCAUUGCCCUGGCCCUGCCCUCCCUGCGCCCCUCCUGCACUAAUACCAGGCCGGCACCUUGCUGUUCUGCAUGUAUCUGUUCUUAACCAGUCCCGCGGCACCGCGGCAGUACGACACGCUCCGGCUGCCGGGGUUUCUCCUCGGCUGCUCCUUGGCCUUGGGCUGGAGGGGGAGCCUCUGCCACCUGCUCCCCUUCGGCAUAGCACCCGGCUUUGGGGGGCUCGGGCAGCUGGGCAGAGGGGCAGACAGACUGAGAGCCUUUCCUGGUCCUCCCCCUUCCCGCGCCCCCGUGUAGAGGAUACAGCAGCUUUCUCUGUUCUUAUCUCCGUGCGCUAGCGUGUCUUCUAAAAAAACAAAAAUGGAACAAAAAAAGAAUAAAAUUAAAUAAUAAUCUGGUGUUUGUAUAUAGUCCUUUAGAAAGAUCUUGUUUUGCUUUUUGUGUUUAAUCACUUGACCUAUAAUAAGAGGAACUGAAAAUGCUGUAUCAAGGACGUACAAGCUGUGCCUUUCAAAUAAAGAAAUAAGAAGGUUGGUUAAAA